UUCCGGUUCCUGCUGCCGCUGCGGGCGGGCGCUGAGUCUGGAACGGGCGCGUAGUUCGUGCUCUGGUUCCGUGCUUCUCCCUCGCCACACCUAGUGGUUGCUGUAGCUGGGGGUCCGCGCCGCCCCUGACUUCCCUCCCGGGAGAUGAUGCGGCCCGAGGGCGCCUCCAUCCCGCGCCGUCGCUAACCCUGGUCCCCCACUCCAUGGCCGCCUCGGCGCCGCCCCCACCGGACAAGCUGGAGGGAGGUGGCGGCCCCGCACCACCCCCUGCGCCGCCCAGCACUGGGAGGAAGCAGGGCAAGGCCGGUCUGCAAAUGAAGAGCCCAGAAAAGAAGCGGAGAAAGUCAAACACUCAGGGCCCUGCAUACUCACAUCUGACGGAGUUUGCGCCACCCCCAACUCCUAUGGUGGAUCAUCUGGUUGCCUCCAACCCUUUUGAGGAUGACUUUGGAGCUCCCAAGGUGGGGGCUGCAGCCCCUCCUUUCCUUGGAAGUCCUGUGCCAUUUGGAGGCUUCCGUGUACAGGGGAGCAUGGCUGGCCAAGUACCCCCAGGCUAUGGCACUGGUGGUGGAGGUGGUCCCCAGCCUCUCCGUCGACAGCCUCCUCCCUUCCCUCCCAACCCUAUGGGCCCUGCUUUCAACAUGCCCCCCCAGGGCCCUGGCUACCCCCCCCCAGGAAACAUGAACUUUCCCAGCCAACCCUUCAAUCAACCUCUGGGACAAAACUUUAGCCCUCCUAGUGGACAGAUGAUGACAGGCCCAGUGGGAGGAUUUGGUCCCAUGAUCUCACCCACUAUGGGACAGCCUCCCAGAGGGGAGCUGGGUCCUCCUCUUCCUCAACGCUUUGCCCAACCAGGAGCACCUUUUGGUCCCUCUCCUCUUCAGAGACCUGGCCAGGGGCUCCCCAGCCUGCCCCCUAACACAAGUCCUUUUCCUGGUCCAGACCCUGGCUUUCCUGGCCCUGGUGGUGAGGAUGGGGGAAAGCCUUUGAAUCCACCUGCUCCCACAGCUUUUCCCCAGGAACCCCACUCAGGCUCCCCGGCUGCUGCUGUUAACGGGAAUCAACCCAGUUUUCCUCCCAACAGCAGUGGGCGGGGUGGGGGCACUCCAGAUGCUAACAGCCUGGCACCCCCUGGCAAAGCAGGUGGGGGCUCAGGGCCCCAGCCUCCCCCAGGCCUGGUGUAUCCGUGUGGUGCCUGUCGGAGUGAGGUGAACGACGACCAGGAUGCCAUUCUAUGCGAGGCCUCCUGCCAGAAGUGGUUUCACCGAGAGUGCACGGGCAUGACUGAGAGUGCCUAUGGGCUGCUGACCACCGAGGCUUCUGCCGUCUGGGCCUGCGAUCUCUGCCUCAAAACCAAGGAGAUUCAGUCUGUCUACAUCCGUGAGGGUAUGGGGCAGCUGGUGGCUGCCAAUGAUGGGUGACACUGGCAUGGUGGCCCAGGGAAGCUCACAUGUCCCUCCCUGCUCUUCUGGAGUGAUUGUGUCUGGCUCUUGGUCCUUGUUUCCAGUGGCUUCCUAGUCCAUUAGGGGCAGGAACACAAUGGCUCCUUGGGGCAGAAAAGGAACUGAAAUAGGCAGGCAGAAGAAGGGCCUGGAUUAUUCACUUUUCUGGAACUUGCCUGUUGAGAUCUACGAAGGUCCGGGAAACCAAAGCCUUGCUGUGUGGAGCCUUUUUCUUUUUUUUGGUGGCUGUCUCUGGAAGCCUAGGGCUGUGGCCUCAAGAGAGGAGGGGCUGGAGGUUAGGUGUGCCCUCUGUAGAUGAGGGGUGCCCUCUAACACCUGUGCCUAAUGUCCCUAUCUAGCCCCACAGUACCAGCCUUGGUU